AUGGUAUCCAACACAGUGACACCGAAGCAUGUCCCGUUCAAAGACCUCCCACUUCACCCUGACCACCCACCGCAUUCUGCAUGGGGCGUCUGGGGUGCAGAUGACCAGCUGGGCUGCCUCAACCGCCUGACUCCAGAGUGUAUCAAGAAAGCUGCGGCUGAAGUGAAAACCGGCAGGUCCAUAGGCCUCAACUGGAGUAUGGGGGAGAUGCACGUCCCUCCAUUCUACCGUACCAAACUGAAACACGAAAUCUUCUCCAUCGCCGAGAAUUGCAAUGACGACCGCCUCGAAUUCAAUACCCAAACAAGCUCGCAAUGGGACGGGUUUCGACACUGGGCGUUCCCCGAUGGACGGUUCUACAACGGUUUCACCCAAGCGGAGCUCAAGUCAGGACGAAGCCAGCGCAACGGCAUUCAAGAAUGGGCGAAACGCGGCAUCGUCGGCCGUGGCGUCCUGAUUGACUACGUCGAAUAUGCAAAGACCAGCGCAGAACCCUAUGAUCCGUGGUCAGCUACGGCCAUUCCAGUCUCCACAAUACAGGAAAUCGCCCGCAAGUGCAACAUCACCUUCCAGCCCGGCGAUAUUUUGCUUCUACGCACCGGGUUCGUACAUCGCUACGAGAGCUUAUCCGAAGCUGAGCUCAACGCCAAGAUGGAAGGCCAGGAGAUGACCUAUCCGGGGCUUAAAGGGUCUCUGGAAUCUUUAGAAUGGCUAUGGGAUACCCAAUUCUCCUGUGUAGCGGCGGACUCACCUGGGUUUGAAGUCUGGAGCGGUCUCGGCGAGAUGGAGAUGCGCAUGCACGAAACCAUCCUAUCAGGAUUUGGUUUGCCGAUUGGCGAACUGUUCGAUCUGGAAGAACUGUCGAGACAGUGUGCCAAAGAACAGAGGUGGACCUUUAUGUUCACCAGCGAGGUGUUGAAUGUCCCUGGCGGCGUUGCCAGUCCUCCGAACGCACUGGCGAUACUGUGA